UGAAUCAACGACCGCGAGUCCGACUACUCCAGCGCUGCCGAAAGUCAACGACGAGAAACCUGAAUGCCGACCUGGAAGGCGCAUUCGCUGCCUUCGAACCAAAAUUAAGGCCCCUAUUGAAGUACAUCCACAAGCAUCCGAUGGUCGGCACCGACUGUAAGUUGGGCCUUCUGAAGACAGCGCUCGCGCUGAGAAAUGGCGAGACGUGGGCGUUCAAACUGAUCACGGCAACCGGAUACAUGCCCAAUGGCGUGUACGAAGGAGGAUUCGCCAAUCUUGGCAGCCAAGACCAGUGCCUCAACGUGGAAUCGAAUGUAGGUAUUCGGGGAAGGUACUGCACACUCUUUUGGAGACCUCCAACGGAAGUUUUACUGGCAGCGUUUACCAAGGAAGAAAUACGACAACACCCGAGACUGGAUAUCCGACUGUGGCUAAACAACACACGAGAGCGCUUUCACGUGGGCAGCCGUUCGGGCAUCUGCAUCCCGUCCGCGUGUCAGCAGAAGGAAAUGAAUCAAAUCGUUUCUGGUGUGGCUUCGGCUUACGGUGCGGAGGCAUCCGUGAAGUACUGCCGAACCAAAGAAGCUGUCCGCUUAGAGAAGCUAGAAGUUGGCAUCAUCUCAUUUUUCGGCGCCGUGUUCAUCGUGAUCAUCCUGAGCACGUUCGCCGACCUAUUGCUCCGGAAAUACGAAGGAAAUCAGACCAAGAAGGUGGGGCCUUGGAAGAAGCUCGCCGUUGCCUAUUCCGUCGUAUCGAACACGAGAAAGCUCCUCGACGUGCGAAUUAAAAGUGGAGACAGUCAGAGACUCCGGUUUCUCCAUGGCAUGAAGUUCUUCAGUGCACUGUGGGUGGUCCUCUCCCACGCUUAUUACUGCGUGCACGCAGACGCUCUAGAUUCAAUGUUUAGAGCAGUGGAACUGACGGAAUCACUACGUUUUCAAGUGGUUGCAAACGGCUUCGUGUGUGUGUCGACAUUCAUCUUCGUCAGUGGAUUUCUUCUGGGUUAUACGCUUUUACAGAGACGCGACUCACUGCGGAAGAAAAACGCCUUUGUUCAAGUCAUUAUAAUCAUUGUUCGUCGCUACUUCAGGACGACGAUACCAGCUAUAGUUGUUGUUCUAGCGUUCUUUCUGCUACCAAAGUUAGUCCGUGGACCAUUGGCUGAAGAACACCUUUCGAAAUAUUACAACGGCUGCUCGAAAAACUGGUGGACCGUACUUGUGCACAUCAACAACUUCAACAAGUACGAAGAAAUUUGCCUGGACCACUACUGGUACAUCAGCGUGGACAUGCAGAUCUUUGUGGUGGCGUCUGCCCUGUGCGUGUUGAUGACGAGGCACAUAAAAGUUGGGGCAAUCAUACUUGUGUUGCUGAGUAUAGCUUCAUCUGGAAUUGUGAUGGCACAGACGUUCCAUUACAAUUAUCAACCCUUAAUACUCUUUUGGAAUCCUGACACGGACAAAUCUACAGAAACAGGCGAAAUGGUAUAUUCGUUGCCAUUCAUCCACUUCGGAUCUUUUGCCAUCGGGAUCUUCUGUGGUUUAUUCACGCUGCACAGUGACCACUGGCGUCCUAGUAAGUGUUCCCGGUGCCUGUUGUGGGCUCUGUCGCUGUGCUGCACCACCGUGGUUGUGUUCGCGUCGUGGCCUUGGAACAACAUGAAACUGCCUUCGAGGGGCGUGGCGGCGCUGUACGCAGCCCUGCACAAGAACGCUUGGGCGUUAUCCCUCGGCUGGAUCACGUACGCAUGCGCCACGGGACAAGCAGGCCCAGUGAACACGUUCUUGUCUUGGCGAGGAUUUGUGGUGCCCAGCCGACUGACUUACUCCGUCUACCUCAUCCACUACCUUGUCUACUUGGCCCGCGUCGGCGUGAUCACUGUUCCCAUGCAGCUGCACGAAUUUCUCCAGUUCAAGGACUUCCUGGGCGUGUCUGCGAUCAGCUACCUCUUGGCCUACGUGCUCUACUUGGCAGCCGAGGCGCCAGUGGCGAACCUCGAGAAGAUGAUGCUGGGCCGCCGGACAGCCUCGGACGGCGACCGCACCGAGGAGACCGACGCACAAAAAAAGGCAGCAGUUAUCUCGAACGCGAAUUACGCCGUCACGUGCGACCAACAGAGCAAGCUAUAAUGCAACACUGCCUAAAACUGA